AUCAAUAGCAAAAUGUUUUUCCUUGAGCUUUCAAAUAGCAAAUUUGUUCUUGAUGAUAAGCAUAUUGACAUUGCUCUCUAUUAUCUGAGAAAGAAGGAAUGCUACCACCCUCGCGAUCAUCCUUUUCGAUGCACAACUACUGAUGUUCUUUUUGAUAAUUAUAUGGCACUUGUGUAUAAAGAUUUCAGUGAAGAUGCUAGUGAUGAGUUUUGGUGUGCUGGUGAUAAUCAGUUAUUUCUGACACCAUAUGUGUGGGGGGACAGCCGUAGAUGUGGAAUUGCAUGGACUGAGGUUGACAAAAUCUUUUUUCCAUGUCGGCUUCCUUCAGAAGAUGAUGAAGCUGUGACACACUUUUUGUUGGGAGUAUUGGACUUGAAUCAAAAAAAGAUUGAUGUAUAUGAUUCCAUAUACAGUGAGCCAUAUGAAGCAGGAAUGAACUACAUGCAAAUGUAUGCACGCAUGAUCCCCCAUUUGCUAAAGUUCUCACAGUUUGACAAAAAUCACAAGUCUUUUGGGAAUGUCUUCAACAAAUUUGAUAUACAGUGGCAAAGAUCACCACACCAAACUGGAUCAGACGUGUUGUUAUUUGUUAUAUUAUUUAUAUGUACUUAAGAUUUAUUGUUUAAUUCAUUAC